AUGGUGUGGCAUGGUGAUAGGGAGGAACUAUCUGAAUUUGUAACCUAUCUUAAUGACAAUUCUUUUGGUAUUAAAUUCACUGCCAAUAUUGAGCGAGAAAAUAUUGUGUUUCUGGAUGUAUUGGUUACCAGGCUCUCUGACAACACACUAGCCACUUCAGUUCAUAGAAAAUUUCCAGAAUAUAACACUUUGUUACAUGCUGAGAGUUGUCAUCCACGCCACAUCAUCCGCAACAUUCCUAAAUCUCAAUUCAUGAGGAUCAAAAGGAUUUGCUCUUCUGAACAAGAGUAUUCUAACUUUAGUGUUGAUUUGUCUAGACGAUUUAUUAAUCGUGGCUAUAAGGCACAUAACAUUUCUACAACCAUGGACGUAACCAAUAGGCUAACACGUACUGAACUGUUGGAAUAUAAAUCACAUAAUUUGGCAACUUCUGCACAACAACGCAAUCAACCUUUAAGGUUUAUUGAAUGGGAAAACAGUAAUGUUACUAGGACUGUUCCCAUUUCUGUCUGCACUGAGAGUUGUUCUCCAGGUUACCGGAAAACUUACCAGCAUGGACAGCUCAAGUGUUGCUUCAUCUGUAUACCCUGUUCAGAUGGUGAGAUCUCUAACAAGACUGAUUCAGUUGAAUGCCUACGAUGCCCAGAUGAUCAUAUGUCUAAUGAGAGACGAGACAUGUGCCUUCAAAAGUCUGUGGAGUUCCUUGCUUAUGAAGACCCCUUGGGUGCAGCCCUUGCAACCUUGGCCAUUCUUUUUGCACUGAUGCCUACAGCCAUUCUAAUAAUAUUUUCUCUUUACAAGGAAACCCCCAUUGUUAGAGCCAACAACCGAGAGAUCAGUUAUUUCCUUUUUGUUGCUCUGGUGAUGUGUUGCCUCUGCUCUCUGAUUUUCAUUGGCCGCCCAAAUAGAGUAACUUGUUUAAUCCAACAAACUACCUUUGGUGUUGUUUUUGCAUUCUGUGUUAGCUGUGUGUUGGCAAAAACAAUUAUGGUGGUCAUAGCAUUUAAAGCUACAAAUCCAAAAAGCAGCCUGAGGAAAUGGGUGGGGCCUGCAUUACCUAUUACCAUAAUCUUCUGUUGUACACUGUCUCAAAUUAUUCUGUGCAUGGUCUGGCUACUAAUAUCUCCUCCCUUUCCAGAAGUAAACAUGAAAUACUUGAGCACAAAAAUUGUAAUUCAAUGCAAUGAUGGUUCCACCUUUGCAUUCUGGUGCAUGCUUGGAUACAUGAGCUUACUAUCUUGUGCUAGCUUUGUAAUAGCCUUUCUAGCUAGGAAGUUGCCUGAUAGUUUUAAUGAAGCUCAGUUUAUUACGUUUAGUAUGUUGGUGUUUGUCAGUGUCUGGAUUUCAUUCAUUCCUGCCUAUCUCAGCACAAAGGGGAAGUACAUGGUUGCUGUGGAGAUUUUUGCCAUCUUGUCUUCCAGUGCUGGCUUGCUCAGCUGUAUAUUCCUGCCAAAAUGUUACAUUAUUUUGUUGAGGCCUGAUAUGAAUACCAAAGAAUAUCUCAUGGGGAAAGGAGCUCAUAACCAUAAGAAAACAAACAUAGUUGGGGUUUGA